GUCUCUUCCCAAUCGCUCUGUUUAUCUGGACCAUCCUCACACUUGGCCUGUAACCCCGCCUCCACAUGAAUGGGAGUAAAUGAAGAGGAAGGGAAUGAUGGAAGGACAUUGUGGGACAGAACAACUUAUAACAGUUUUGUUAUUUGCAAAGGGAAAAACGAGCCUCCCCCCCCCGCACCCCAUAACUGGGUUUCUAAGGCUGUGCCUGUUUUGUUCCCUAUCUCAUUUAGCGUCUCUCCCUCUUUGUCCCUUAGUGCCCCCUCGGGCCUUGCCUGCCAUGAGACCUGUCAGUGUGUGGUAUUGCUGCUCCUGGGGACUGCUGCUGCUGCCCUUGCUGUGUGGCACCAGUGUGGGGUCUCCAUCCCCUUCCACUGACCCAGAGAAGAAGGCGGGAAGCCAGGGGCUGAGGUUCCGACUGGCUGGCUUUCCUAGAAAGCCCUAUGAGGGCCGUGUGGAAAUACAACGUGCCGGUGAAUGGGGCACCGUCUGUGAUGAUGACUUCACACUGCAGGCUGCCCACGUCCUCUGCCGGGAGCUGGGCUUCACGGAAGCCACGGGUUGGACUCAUAGUGCCAAAUAUGGCCCAGGAACAGGCCGAAUCUGGUUGGACAAUCUGAGCUGCCGUGGGACUGAGGGAAGUGUGACAGAAUGUGCCUCCCGGGGCUGGGGAAACAGUGACUGCACCCACGAUGAGGAUGCUGGGGUCAUCUGCAAGGACCAGCGCCUUCCUGGCUUCUCAGACUCCAAUGUCAUCGAGGUGGAGCAUCACCUGCAAGUGGAGGAGGUGCGGCUCCGACCAGCUGUGGAUUGGGGCAGGCGACCCCUGCCUGUGACUGAAGGCCUGGUGGAAGUCAGGCUUCCUGAAGGAUGGUCACAAGUGUGUGAUAAAGGCUGGAGUGCUCACAACAGCCACGUGGUCUGCGGUAUGCUGGGCUUCCCCGGAGCAAAGAGAGUCAACAUUGCCUUCUACAGGAUGCUGGCCCAGAAGCAGAAGCACUCCUUCGGUCUGCAUGGGAUAACAUGUGUGGGCACAGAAGCCCACCUCUCCCUCUGUUCUCUGGAAUUCUAUCGCGCCAAUGACACCACCAGAUGCCCUGGGGGAAACCCUGCGGUGGUGAGCUGUGUGCUGGGUCCUCUUUAUGCCACCUUGACUGCUCAGAGGAAGCACCAACAGACGAAGCCUCAGGGGGAGGCCCGUGUGCGUCUGAAGGGCGGUGCCCACCCGGGAGAGGGCAGAGUGGAAGUCCUGAAGGCUGGCACGUGGGGGACAGUCUGUGACCGAAAAUGGGACCUGCAAGCAGCCAGCGUGGUGUGUCGAGAGCUGGGCUUUGGCACUGCUCGAGAGGCCCUGAGUGGUGCCCGCAUGGGGCAGGGCAUGGGUGCGAUCCACUUGAGUGAAGUCCGGUGCUCUGGCCAGGAGCCCUCCCUCUGGAAGUGUCCCUCCAAGAACAUCACAGCUGAGGACUGUUCCCAUAGCCAGGACGCCGCUGUACGAUGCAACCUCCCCCACACUGGAGUGGAGACUAAGAUCCGACUGAGUGGGGGCCGAAGCCGUUAUGAGGGGCGAGUUGAGGUGCAAAUAGGGGUACCUGGGCAUCUUCGCUGGGGCCUCAUCUGUGGAGAUGACUGGGGAACACUGGAGGCCAUGGUGGCCUGCAGGCAACUUGGUCUGGGCUACGCCAACCAUGGCCUGCAGGAGACAUGGUACUGGGACUCGGGGAACGUAACUGAGGUGGUAAUGAGCGGAGUGCGCUGCACGGGGUCUGAGCUGUCCCUGAGCCAAUGUGCCCAUCACAGCACCCACGUCACCUGCAAGAGGACCGGAACCCGCUUCACUGCAGGAGUCAUCUGUUCUGAGACUGCUUCCGACCUGCUGCUGCACUCCGCACUGGUACAGGAGACUGCCUACAUUGAGGACCGACCGCUGCACAUGCUGUACUGCGCUGCUGAGGAGAACUGCCUGGCCAGCUCCGCCCGCUCGGCCAACUGGCCUUACGGCCACCGGCGUCUGCUCCGAUUCUCUUCCCAGAUCCAUAACUUAGGAAGAGCCGACUUUAGGCCCAAGGCUGGGCGCCAUUCUUGGGUGUGGCAUGAGUGCCAUGGGCAUUACCACAGUAUGGACAUCUUCACUCAUUAUGAUAUCCUGACCCCCAAUGGCACCAAGGUGGCUGAGGGCCACAAAGCUAGUUUCUGUCUAGAAGACACCGAGUGUCUGGAGGAUGUCUCCAAGAGGUACGAGUGUGCCAACUUUGGCGAGCAGGGCAUCACCGUGGGAUGCUGGGAUCUCUACAGGCACGAUAUUGACUGUCAGUGGAUUGACAUCACAGAUGUGAAACCAGGAAACUACAUUCUCCAGGUGGUUAUCAACCCGAAUUUUGAGGUGGCAGAGAGUGACUUCACCAACAAUGCGAUGAAGUGUAACUGCAAAUAUGACGGGCAUCGCAUCUGGGUACACAACUGUCACAUUGGUGAUGCCUUCAGUGAGGAAGCCAACAGGAGGUUUGAGCGCUACCCUGGCCAGACCAGCAACCAGAUCGUCUGAAAUGACACCGCCCUCUCAGCAAACCACCACUGACCCCAUGGCAGGGGUCUGAGGCUGCCAUUACGUCAGGAGCGCCCCACAAGAACUCCUGAUGUCAGCAGGCCCACUACACCCAUCCAGCUGUGCACUGCGGAUGACGAACUGGUGAAAAAAAGUUGGUGCGUCCCCUACUGGGCCAAGCAUGGAGAUUCAGUCAACAGACAGCACACAGAGAACUGCCCACGCGUGAUGGCAGCAGCGCGUUCCUUGAACAGGGAGGUCCGGGAGGUCAGCUCUCACGCUCUAAGUGCUGCUUUACCUCUAGCCUUCUGGUGGGGGAAAAGAUCCAGCCCCCGUUUUUGACUGAAACGUGUUGCUAGAUAUAAUUUUAUUUUAUAUAAAAUGUGUUCUUCAGA